AUAAAAGAAAAGUUAGCUACAGUCUGAAUCUCCCAUCCGUGCACCUUAAUCAAAAUUUAAACUUGGACCAUUUUUUAUUUCAGGGAAGACAAUUUAUUUAUUUUUAUUUUAAGUAAAAACAGUACUCAUAUUACAGUGACAGCAAAUCCACCAUAAAUAAAAUCCAAAAAGAAAAAAAAAGUAAAAAUAUAAAUUUCCUAAAUAAAACGGGCAACACCCAAAAUUUCUCCGCCCUCCUUCCUCUGAAUCUCACUCCAUUGGAUAACUUCACAGAAAAGAAGAGAGAAAAAAAAAGUUGAAGAACUGAAAAUUAAGAAAAAAAAUUAAAUAGAAAAAAAUGAGGAUGAGGUUAUCCUCUAUUUCAAAGCCCAUAUCAAGUCCUGGUAGGACAGAUAAAUUCCCACCGCCAUUAAUGAGGUUUCUGCGAAGCAAUGUGGGAAGUCGAAGCAGUAGGGGAAGAACAAGGAGAAGACCGUUGUUUAUGCGGCGAAAGAAGUCUUUAACGGCAGCAUCUGCUAUCGAAACGACUCAAGAACCCUCUUCCCCGAAAGUUACAUGUAUUGGUCAAGUUCGGGUUCGACGGUCCAAGAGUAAGAAUCGUAACAAAUCCUCUCAAGUGUCAAAAACAACCCGCUCACAGAAAUGCAGCGGAAAUGAGAAUGACAAUGGUAAUGUCGUUGAUGAGAGUAAUAACAGUUGUUGUUGUUUGAAUUUACAGAAGUUUUGUAAAUUGAAAUUAUGUUGCAAACCGAAGUUUCGGAAAUGGGUUUUGUUUUUUAACUGUAGAAGUGUUAAGGUCCGGACAAAUUCUUCAAAAUUCGGGUCAAGUCGGUUCGAGCAAGACGAUGAGCAACAAGGAAAAGAAGUUGUCCGGGUCCGGGAUGAAGAGAGACGAGUAUCGAUUUCAAUCGAAACGGAGAUGACAACGACGACGACAACGCCUCCGAAGAAUGCUUUAUUGUUAACAAGGAGUAGAUCUGCGCCGUACAGAUCGUCGUCAUUAGCGUGUCGAUUUUUGGGUUCACCAUCGAGAGAAGAGUCAGAGAAGGUGGAGCUGGAAAACAGAGCAUCGGGAAUUGAGGUGAGCAGAGAUUCCACUUCAUCAGAAUCGAGGGAAGAUCGAGACAGUAUUGAAGGUAGACGAAGUAGUAGUAGUACAAACAUUAGUUUAAAAAAUGACAUGGGAAGUUGUGCACAAGUUGUUAAAUUAGAAAAUGAAAAGAGUAUUGUUCCUGAUUCAAAUGGAGAUGAUGGGUUUGGGAAACGAUUGAUGUUAAUGAGAUGCAAGUCAGAACCGGCUAGAAAAGAAUCGGAGACAGUUGAUCCGCUAAGCAGUGAGUUCUGGAGACAUCGAAGGUCGGGUAAUACUGAAUCUAGUACAAUACAUUCACAUGCAAUAGACUGAACUUAUUUAUUCCUAGGAAUAUACUAUUACAAGCUCUAUUACAAUUUACAAGGACUAUCAUUUUUCUAUUUUACUAAGGAGUAUUGUCUCCACGUAUAACUUUGGAUACUCUUUUUCCCAUUGCUAAAAUAUUACUUCAUCACGUUUUUUAUUA